GCUUGGGCAAGAGUUCCUUAUCUCUGGGGCCUGGCUAGCCGCGAAGCAAUACCGGGCCUCAACACAGCCGGGGGGGCGUCAUGGCCUCAAGCUGCGAGAGAUAAAGCGCACUGCCCCGGCUGGUCGCGAAGCAUUCCUUAUCCGCAUAAAAGCCCUCAGGGACCCCGCGCCUUCUCAGACCCCUCCUCCUCUCGUCUGCUUCUCCUCUCCAGUAUUGAGCUUCUCAAUCCGAAUCUCAACGUCUUCUUGUGCCCCUUGCAGCAAGAAAUCCAAGAGCCACGCCUGUCCCGCAGCUCUAGAGUCGAAAUCUCCAACCACAAAUCUCACCUCCAACACAUCUUCCCGGUCGUCAAACCGUCACAACCGCAGCCAUGGCCGAAAGCACAACUGUCUCGUACACUGAGAACCUCAUGAAGUACAUGAAGCUCGACCAGAAGGGCUCGGCUAUGGCCGAGUACGUCUGGAUCGAUGCCCACGGCGGUGUUCGCUCCAAGAGCAGAACUCUGACUUCCGUUCCUGAGGGCGGUUUCAAGCCUGAGGACCUUCCCGUAUGGAACUUCGACGGCUCGUCCACCGAGCAGGCCCCCGGCGACAACUCUGACGUCUACCUGCGUCCGGUUGCCGUCUUUCCUGACCCGUUCCGUGGCGUCCCCAACAUCCUGGUUCUCUCUGAGUGCUGGAUGUCUGAUGGCACCCCCAACAAGUUCAACCACCGCCAUGAGGCCGCCAAGCUCAUGGAGACCCACGCCGAGCACGAGCCUUGGUUCGGUCUCGAGCAGGAGUACACUCUCUUCGACAUGAGCGACAGGCCCUACGGCUGGCCCAAGAACGGCUUCCCUGCCCCCCAGGGUCCUUACUACUGCGGUGUUGGUGCCGGCAAGGUUGUGUGCCGUGACAUCGUCGAGGCUCACUACAAGGCCUGCCUGUACGCCGGCAUCAAGAUCUCCGGCACCAACGCCGAGGUCAUGCCUGCCCAGUGGGAGUUCCAGGUCGGCCCUUGCCUCGGCAUCGAGAUGGGUGACCACCUCUGGAUGGCCCGCUUCCUGCUCCACCGCGUCGCCGAGGAGUUUGGCGCCAAGGUUUCCGUCCACCCCAAGCCUAUCCCUGGUGACUGGAACGGUGCCGGUCUUCACAGCAACUUCUCCAGCAAGGAGAUGCGUGUCGAGGGUGGCAUGAAGCACAUUGAGGCUGCCAUCAAGAAGCUUGAGGGUCGCCACAAGGAGCACAUCCUUGUCUACGGAGAGGGCAACGAGGCCCGUCUCACCGGCAGACACGAGACUGGUGCCAUUGACCAGUUCUCGUACGGUGUUGCCAACCGUGGUGCCUCCAUCCGUAUCCCCAGAGAGACCGCUGCCAAGGGCUACGGUUACUUCGAGGACCGCCGGCCCGCCUCCAACGCCGACCCGUACCAGAUCACUGGUAUCAUGAUGGAGACCAUCUUCGGUGCCGCCAAAUAAAUUACCUAGGAUACCCCGCCUCUGCUUCGACUUCUCCAAUACGGCUUAUUGGGAGUUUUAAACCUUUGUUGCUUUUGGAAUCAAGCCUUGCUUACAUAGAAAACGACUUGCCUUUAUCUGGGCGGAUAGUGGACAUCGAGAGGGCCUGCACAAAAGAAAUAGGUCCAUCGAGUGAUGUGGAAUGAAAAAAGAAUUACCAAGCAA